UUUUCAUUUCUCUCUCUACGUGAAUUAUCCCUUUUCAAAAUUUUCACCCUUACCCUAAAAAUGGAUCCUUCUCUCUCUUCCAUUCCCAUUACCCCUCCUCCUCCGAUCCCUCCCUCACCCAUCAUUCCCGUCGUCUCAUCCGUCGUGGCUAACCCGACGACAACGACGACGUCAGUCGCCGGUGGUGUGCCUCCGAGUUUCAACCACCCUCCUUACUCGGACAUGAUUUGCGAGGCUAUUGGGGCUUUGAAAGACAAGAACGGGUCAAGCAAAAGGGCAAUAGCUAAGUACAUAGAGUCAGCUCACAAAGACUUGCCACCGACACACUCGGCCUUGUUGACUCACCACUUGAAGCGCUUGAAAAACAACGGUCUUUUGGUUAUGGUCAAGAAAUCUUACAAGCUUGCUUCCAACGCUAGAUCUGAUGCUUCUCUUCCGGAUUCUACUCCUCCAAACCCUCCCGAUGUUUCUCCUGGAUCCAAACGAGGCCGGGGUCGUCCCCCUAAGCCCAAACCCACACUUACCACUACUGCCGACCCUAACUCUCAGCAGCAGUCUCUUCCGCUUGCCGAUGGGCCUAAAAAAUCCCCCGGUAGGCCUAGAAAAAAUGGGCCCGUUGGUCAACUUGGGGUAAGGAAGGGCCGGGGUCGACCAGCCAAAAGUGGGCCCAAGAAGAGUCCCGGUCGACCGAGGAAACCGAAGACGGUAAAGUCAGUGGCGGGGGCUAAUGCGAUGAAAAGGGGUCGUGGACGGCCGCCUAAGGCCUUGAACCAGUUACCUCCACAGGCUGUUAUGCAGAUCCCGGUUCAACUCAUGGCUGUUCCUUAUGCUGAUACUGCUGCUGCUACCGCCACUGUUCCUGUCCCAAGGCCCAGAGGAAGGCCGAAGGGCACAGCUGGAGAUGCUUCUGGCGUUGUGGUCGCUGGAAAGCGGAGAGGUCGACCACCCAAGAUUGGCGGGGUCACCGCCGAGACUGUCAAGCUUAAGAAAACCGCUGGGAAGCCCGUCGGCCGCCCUAAGAAGACAACGGAUGGAGCUGAAUCAAAGGCGUUAGCUUCAGCAUGUGGAGAUCUUAAGAGAAAACUUGCAUUCUUUCAAUCAAAGGUGAAGCAAGCAGUUGGAGUACUAAAGCCUCAGUUCACCAGUGAAAGCAACAUCAGUGCAAUUGGCGCAAUCCAAGAGUUGGAAGGACUUGCAGCAAUGGACAUUAGCGCACCAUUUAAAGAGGAUGCUCAACUGCCAACGCCAACGCCAACGCCAGCACCAACACAACCACCGGUAUCACACCAUGAAGGACAAGUGCAUUAAUCCUUUCUUCCUGUAUGUUUAGCAAGAGCUGUAGAAAAUGUUCUGACCUUAGACACAACUAUGAUAUUUAUGUAAAGGGAAAUAGGAAGUUGCAGAUCUAAUUGUUAUUUGUUGUUGAGCUUUGUUGUUUGUGAAACUUUUUCAUGACUUUAAUUCUCUCAUUCCCUGUACUGAUUCCAAAUUUUCAAUGCGAAUUUGAGUACAAUUUCAUCGGCA